UUAUGAUUUAUCUUUCAAACAUAAUUUUAGCAUUAUCUAGCAAACAAAUACAUAUCACGUGGAAAUAAUUAUAUGAAAGAAUGGAUCCAAUAAGAUUUGGAUUAUUAACAGUUAGUGAUAGCUGUUACAAAAAUGAAGAUAAAGAUAAAAGUGGUCCCGAAAUAGAGCAAUAUAUUAAGGAUGAAAACUCUAACAUUGGAAAGAUUUUAAAAGGUCAAAUACAUCAUAAAAGUAUCAUUCCUGAUGAAGAAUUUAUGAUAAAAGAUUUUUUAAUUUCUUGGAGUGAUAGUAGAAAAUUGGAUGUAAUUCUGACAAUUGGUGGCACAGGAUUUUCUAGAAGGGAUGUAACUCCAGAAGCAACGAAACAAGUUAUUCAAAAAGAAGCAUCUGGAAUAGUUGCAGCUAUGCUAAUGUCUAAUUUAAAAAUUACUCCAAUGGCUAUGUUAUCUAGAGCUGUAUGUGGAAUACGAGAUAAAACAUUGAUUAUAAAUUUACCGGGAUCACCGAAAGCUGCAAAAGAAUGUUUAGAUGCAAUUGCACUUGUUAUACCGCAUGCUGUUGAUUUAAUAAGAGAUAAUAAAGACAAGAUAAAAGAUACACAUGGAACUAUGCAAAAUAUUCCAGAAAUUUCUUUAUCAGAAGGGCAAGGUAAAAUAUCGUCAUGUUUGGCUAAUAUAGUUGAACGCAACAGAGAAUCUCCAUAUCCAAUGAUUUCUGUAGAAGAAGCUUUACAGUUAAUAUGUAAAUGUACAGAACCAUUAAAUUUUAAUGAUAAAUUAGAAGAAGAUCUAGAAAGAUGCCAUGGCAGGAUAUUGGAUGGUGAUCUAUAUUCUAAGUAUGAUUUACCGCCAUUUAGAGCAUCUAUUAAAGAUGGUUAUGCUGUCUUAGCAAAUGAUGGAAAAGGCAAAAGAAAAGUAUUAAGUGGAAUAAAAGCAGGAGGCACUGCCACUGCAAUUAAACUUGUACAUGGUACAUGUGUAAGAGUAAAUACAGGUGCUCCAAUUCCAGAUGAUGCAACAGCAGUUGUUCAAGUUGAAGAUACUAAACUUAUAAAAGGAACUUCAGAUAAUAUGGAAGAAAAGGAAAUUGAAAUUAUGACAAAAGUACAAUUAGGACAAGACAUUAGACCAAUUGGUUCUGAUAUUAAAAAAGGAGAAUUAAUUUUAAAGUCAGGGACAAAACUUGGUGCAAUAGAAUUAGGUCUUGCUGCUGCAUGUGGUUACAAAAAAUUAUUUGUCACUGAUCUUCCAAAAAUUGGUGUAUUAUCUACAGGAGAUGAGUUACAAUGUCCUGGAACUGCUUUAAUGCCAGGGCAUAUAUAUGAUAGCAAUAAAAUUACAUUAUUGUCGAUAUUAAAAGAAAAUGGCUUUGAUCCCUUAGACAUGGGAAUUGCAUUGGAUGAUGAAAAUAUUAUGGUACACAAGAUUAAACAUGCUUUACAACAAGUUGAUGUACUCAUAACAUCAGGUUCUGUAUCAAUGGGUGAUAGAGAUAUGUUGAAGCCUAUUUUGCAAUAUUAUUUUAACGCUACUAUACAUUUUGGCCGUAUAAACAUGAAGCCUGGCAAACCAACUACUUUUGCAACAUGUUUCUUUCAGAAUAAGAAGAAAUAUUUAUUGUGUUUACCGGGUAAUCCAGUUUCUGCGACUGUUACUAUGAAUUUAUUUGCAUUGCCUUUACUAAAACAACUGUGCAAAGACACUUCCAUCCCUAUAAUUGUGUUGGCAAAAUUAAUGUCGUCUUAUAAUUUGGAUCCACGUCCUGAAUAUGCAAGAGCGAUUUUAAAAUGGAAUGGUACGGAUACUUUACCACUAGCUUAUAGUACUGGAAAUCAAAUCAGUAGUAAAUUACUUAGUUGCAAAAAUGCAAAUGCAUUAUUAAUGUUACCUGGACGUAAAGCAGAAAAAACUGUAUUGCAACAAGGAGAGAUAGUACAAGCAAUGUUGUUGGAAUUUACGCAAUAAAUGUAAUUUAGUAAAAGAAAAUAUCAAAUAAAAUAUUUAACGGAUUAAUCUGUACAUAAUUUAGAAAUAUAAAUUCUUGUUUGUUAAAAAAAAAGUAU